GUUAACCAUAUCAUUAGCGAUGAGCUGAGCGGUUAUGCACUCAGCCUAUCAAUUUCUGUACAGCAGAAGAAUAGUUAAUACUCUUCCUGUCAUUGGCAGUCGCUAUCCGUGACCUUUCUCCACUCAUGCUGGUUGCUGGAGGAUUCACGCAUAGAAAAGCAACAGCCUGUGAUCGUGAGAAAAGGAGAACGGUAAAAUGGGUUUUUUAAUGUCAAAGACUUUAAAUGAGAACAUGAAACAGCAACAGGAAUUCAUGCUGUUAAAUUCACGGCUUCAGUUGGAGAGGCAGAUUCUGAUGCAGAAUCAGAUGCGCCAAAGACAAAUGGCAAUGCAGAUUGCAUGGUCUCGAGAAUUCCUCAAGUAUUAUGGAACUUUUAUGGGACUUGCAACCAUUGGUUUAACAGCAGGGGCCAUCAAAAGGAAGAAACCAGCUCUGUGUAUUCCUAUUAUUCCAUUAGGAUUUGUAUUUGCAUACCAAUAUGACAUGGGGUAUGGCACGUUAAUACAGAGAAUGAAAGGAGAAGCAGAAAAUAUCCUAGAAAGAGAAAUUACCUUGCUGGAACUGCCACAAGGGGUACCUACAUUUGACACCAUUGAGAAAGACAGAAGGGCUCAGAGCAAGUUCUUUAUAGAGAAAUAAUGUGGACUCAUCAGCCAACACUGUGGCAGUACUGACCUUGCAAUAUUUUAAUAUGCCGUCCUUGAUUAUUUCAAUCAAAUUCCAUGAAAUGUUUAGAGGCACAUUUUGUAAUCUCUGACUUAAUAAAAUAAAAACAUGUGUACAAAA